CAAAGGAAAAAGCUCCAGUCAUCCAAAAGUCGGAUAAAUACUACUUAAAACUGCUGCUGCCCAUUACUAGUGUUAAAAGAAGGGAAGAAAGGGGAACAAUCUACAAAACAGGUAUUUCUCUAAAUAGACAUUUCAUUAAAGUGCAUGUAUUUAUUUCAAACAGGUGAAAUAACUUCCAAGGUGGCAUACAUAUAUUCCUCUUUAUGGAGUCACCACCCAUAUCAAGGAAUGGAGGAGAGAUUUGAUUCAGGUCUCCUUUGAAUUCAAAUCUAUUAAAUCUGAACUUUCCAAAACAAUAUGAAAAGUGAAACGCAGCAAUCCUUCACAAUUCGCAGUUAUGUGAAUUUUGUCGUGCAACUCACAACCAGUGUUUACAUAAGUGCAAAUGUUAAGGGAGAGAGCACUUAAACAUGCAUUUACUGGUGAAAACAAUGUAAUAACUAAUAUUAAAUAAUAUUAUGUUAGGAUAAAUUGCUUGCAAAAAUUUGUACGUUAGUCGAAACGGUGUUUAUUAGGAUAAAUUUGUAAUAAAAGGCUGAUGAAGUUCUGCAAAGGUUGUUUUCUAAAUCGUGAAUUGCUGCAAAAUCUGGAGAACUGCAUUUAAGAUUUGCAAAAUGAGAGAGGACAAAAACUUUAUAAAAGAAUGGGGGAAAUUUGUAAGUUACUUAGGAGACCACUGUAAGCAGAUGGAAACAAGAGCAGGAUUUUUAUUUCACUUGUAGUGUAAAAAUUACCAUGAAUAAUAUGUUUUGAUAUAAAAAUUGGAGUAUGGAUGAAUAUGCAGUAGUAGAUGUUUAAAACGAGACACCAUGGAGGAGAUGGGGGGAGGGGAGUCCUGAGAUCCAGAGAAUCUCUCUAUAUAGAUACAUUUUUUAUUCUGUUUAUUUAUACUUUGCAUUUGUAAAACCAAUAAAAAUGAUUUUUUUUAAAAGAUUGCAAAAUGAGAAACUGAGAAAACCAAAAUUGACAGGUCCUUCCAUCCCUACCCACAUCCCACAGUUCUCCUAUGUAACAGAAGAUACGACAUGGCAAAUUAGUGCUCCACUGAACAUGUUCUGCACCUUUGUGCAUUCCCUCUCCUACUCUCUCUCUCUCUCUCUCUCUCUCUCUCUCUCUCUCUCUCACACACACACACACACACACACACAGUGAUGGAUCAGGAAUCCAUUUUUUAUCUGCUUGAUCAUCAGGCUUUAGGCAAGACUGCCAUUUUACUGAAAAAUUAGCUCACAAUCUGCAGUUAGGGAAAUUCACGUCAUGUCUGAGUUGCACGUGUCGUCUCAAUUAAUUAAUCAACUAAUUAAAUUAAUGUGAGAGCUUCAAAUGGUCUGAGUUCAAUUUCAGGUACCUGUUAAAGUGGAAGAAGAUCGGAAUUUUGAUCUUCAUACAUGAAAACAGGUGUUCACGCAAACGGUCUUUCCUUCACUGUAGGUGAAAGUUCUGCUACCAACGGGCAAUGAAGCCACAUUCAGUUUUGAUGCUCUACCUAGGAGUGCUGCUUCUCCCUGUAUCUGAAGGUGAGAUUAAAGUGCCUCGUGAUCUUGAUGUGAACUCAUCUCCUGACACAUCACGUUGACUUUUUACUAUAUUCCCGCAGUGGUAUAACUAGAUAGUUUUAGAACAUGGACUAAGUGGUUUGAUUUGCACAACCCUUUUAGACAAAAUCUUUGCCCGGACAUGGUCCUGUGUUAACUGAAGGUUAUUGGUGAUAACCUGGGAAAAGGGCAGGAAGUAGACUCAUCCUUUCAUCUUCCCUGGAGCCCAGCAGGCGGGGGGCGGGGAAGCUAAGUCUGCAGUUGAGACAGAGGCCAGAGCUGUAGGAUUCCCAGGGAAUGAUGAAGGAACCAUGUUUCUCCCCAAUGGAGGAAGCAGGGUCUACUGGGGUAGACUGAACUGUGAAACUAUGCUUACGACCCACUUCUGCAUAUGUAAAUGAAUGAAAGUACUACAAAAUGCCAGUGAAUUUUCCAUUGCCUCAAAGGAAACAGAACCGUAGUACAUUGCGCCCAGAAAUUCCUCACUGCUCUGGCAGUGGGGAGUAUCUGGGAGUAAGGUUUGGGGUUAUGCCUCGGUAAGUGGCUGUAAUGAUGAAGUACUGGGAUUGACUUGAUGUUGAUUGGAUGCAAGCAGCCUCUAAGGAAAAUUUUGCAUUCCCCUCAAUAUUGUUCCAGGCCACCCAAAUCUCUGCCAAGCAGUAGCAGGAUUCCGGGUGUCUUGGCACUUAACCAGGGUUCGUGUUUCCUUGGGGGAAAAUGAAGCACAGCAGAGAACCUGUACCUUUAAGAAUGAUGGUUUACUCACACACCUGAGUUUAUAGAGAGAGUUCAAAGCAUUUACAUCUCCAGAAUGGCUUGUCUUUUCCAGCAGCACAGCAUUGGAUUCACAGGCGUCUUAAGCGCCAUGCCCCUGUCUCUCUGUCACAGCCUGCUCCAGCCAGCCAUCAUAGUUGCUUCCCAUCAGUCCCCACGCGAAGUUCUACCCAAUGUCUCCUUCUCCUUCUCCGCAGCACUUGCACAAAACAGCGCUUUCCCUUCCACUUCCAGUAUCCCACAGCCCCAGUCGCCCUGGCAACACCUGUUUCUCAGGCCCACUGUAAGACACCUUUUCUUCCUGUUGCUUACAUCCGGCCAAGGGCAAUCCUACCCCAAAAGCUCUAAUCAGCCUUUUGCUUCUUCAGUGAUCCAUCCCCAGCAAGUCAUUGCCAGGCUGCUAAAUUCAUGAGUUUGAGUUAGCUCAAAUUCUAACACUUAACUGAAUGUAGAGCUUAUGGGGGAUCUACCACCACCCCCCCAAAAAAAAUCUCAUUUAGGAAGACAAUAUAUAGGAAUACUAUAGUAUUAACCUGUUGUUAAUGUGUCUGCUUUGCAAGGAAUAAAACCUGACUGAGCCAUUUUGAAAGUGCUUCAGAGGAGUAGCCUUGCCAACUCUUCAAUUCCCACCCUAUUUAGGGUCUUCAUCUUUUAUUUAAAAAUGAUUGGGGGUGUUUCUCUUGGGGUGUCUGAUUUCGUACUUUUUUCCUUUAAAAAAAAAUAUAUAUUUAUUACUUUUCCAAAAAAUUUAAACACUAAAAAAAAAUACAAUACAAUACAUUAAACUAACAAACAAAACAAAAACAAUAAAAUAAAUCAAACAAUUUCAUUAUCCCAUCAUUCAUUCACUUAUUUCCGCGACCUCCUCACACCUCCCUUUUUGUUUUCCACUUCUGUUAAUUAUUUCAGCAAUUCCUUUCCAUCUUCCUCUGUUUUCUAUCCUAUAAUUAUCUUAACUCAUUCUAACCUUAUUUUUUCCUUUAAUACUCUAUUAAACUAUUUGUACUUAAUUCUUUAUAACAUUUCUGCUAAAGCCAUGUAACUUCAUUCCAACAUUUUUCUAACAUUCAUUGAUUUUGCAGUAUUUCUGUAAAUACUCUUUAAAUUUUUUCCAAUCUUCUUCCACCAACUCUUCUCCCUGGUCUCGGAUUCUGCCAGUCAUUUCCGCCAAUUCCAUAUAGUCCAUCAACUUCAUCUGCCAUUCUUCCCGGGUGGGUAAAUCUUGUGUCUUCCAAUAUUUUGCGAUGAGUAUCCUUGCUGCUGUUGUUGCAUACAUAAAGAAAGUUCUAUCCUUCUUUGACACCAAUUGGCCGACCAUGCCCAGGAGAAAGGCCUCUGGUUUCUUCAGGAAGGUAUAUUUGAAUACCUUUUUCAUUUCAUUAUAAAUCAUCUCCCAGAAAGCCUUAAUCCUUGGGCACGUCCACCAAAGGUGAAAGAAUGUGCCUUCAGUCUCGUUACAUUUCCAACAUUUAUUAUCGGGCAAAUGGUAGAUUUUUGCAAGCUUGACUGGUGUCAUGUACCACCUAUAAAUCAUUUUCAUUAAGUCUUCUCUUGGGGCAUUACAUGCCGUAAAUUUCAUACUGUGAGAUUUCGUACUUUUUUCCAGGCAAUGGGCUUCCGGAGGUCAAGUCCCGCGAACGCCGGUUCUUGCUGGGAAACGUUCUUGAUUGGAACAAGCGUCCUUCCGGGGACAAUGAGGUCCCAGCAUCCCGCGACUCCUCUGUGGUCGAUCCAGAAUUGUUUUGUCAAGGUGGCUGCCUUGAUGGCUGGAUAAGUUACCUGGGCCAGUGCUACAUGUUUGUUCAGAAACGAGAGACGUGGGAAGAAGCUGAGGUAGGAGCAUCUUCAAAAUGAAGAUUUUCUUGGGGGCUCAUCUUUAAUAAAUAAUAAUAAUAAAUUUUAUUUAUAUCCCACCCUCCCCGGCCAAAGCCGGGCUCAGGGCGGCUAACAAGAAUAAAAUAAUACAACAUUCUAAAAUCAUUUCAUUAUAAAAUUAAUUCAAAUCAAAUUGAUGGCAACCAUUGGGCUAGAGUUCUGUGAAGAUUGCCAAAGGAGGGAGUCAGGCUGUGCCCUGGCCAAAGGCCUGGUGGAACAGCUCUGUCUUGCAGGCCCUGCGGAAAGAUGUCAAGUCCCGCAGGGCCCUAGUCUCUUGUGACAGAGUGUUCCACCAGAUCGGAGCCACAGCCGAGAAAGCCCUGGCUCUAGUUGAGGCCAGCCUAACCUCUCUGUGGCCUGGGACCUUCAAGAUGUUUUUGUUUGAAGACUGUAAGUUCCUCUGUGGGACAUACCAGGAGAGGUGGUCCCGUAGGUACGAGGUUCCUAGGCUGUGUAGGGCUUUAAAGGUUAAAACCAGCACCUUAAACCUGAUCGUUUCCUUCCUUGCUUAGACUUUGUGCUGCAUAAAACUCCUGCUGCCUGCAAGUCCCUGUUACGCUCCUCCCUUCUUAGGUUGCAGAAAAGAAGCAAGUCUCUACUUUGUUUUGUUCUUCAAGCAUUUUUACAAAAAAUACACAUGAAAAAGGGAAAGGGGGCUGUGGCGUUCGAGUUAAUUUUAAGUAGCACCCAGGACCUGCUGUGGGAUGUAAAUGUUCUUGAAUCAGCUGGAAAGAGUCGCCAUGGUGCUACUAAAUUCAGAGCAUAUGUAAUGAUUAAAACAUGCAAAACAGUCACAUCAACCUAUUAACCCUUUCUCUCUCCCCCAGUACGACAUCUCCAUAAUGAGUGGGCAAACACCACAGGGGCAGUCCUUCCCGCCUGCCAAAGCAUCUUUCUUUCCUAGAGUCCAGAGGCAAAACACUCUGAGGAAAGGAAGAUGGUGGCCACGACUGUUGGGAGCUUCAGUUUGCAGCAGUGUAUCUGCGGGUGGCGCUUGUUGGGAUACUGCCAGGGAGACAAAGUCCAUCAUGGCCCCCAAGCCGGCUGCCGGACGAUCCAUCGAUCUCCCGUAGAUACAGUAUCAGCAAUUAGCGACACGAGUUUCUAGAAAUAGCUUGCCACAUUCCAGAGCUCAUGCACACUCUAUCAGCAGAUAGUUCACAGCAGAAGUUGCACACAGGAGAGCAUUAUUUACAAGUUUUAUUCAGCGUUGAUCAGAACAAAGAAAAACAUGACUGCCUGCAUCAGUGUCUCCAGACACAGCAAGAAAACGAAAGCAAUAGGAAACAUUAACAUCCUGUGAACAGGAAAUGCGCUGACUCUGUGACUCACAAAGCCUGCUCCCUUUUAAGGUGGAACGGAAAUAUCCUAACAACGCUGUGGGUUAAACCACAGAGCCUAGGACUUGCCAAUCAGAAGGUCAGCGGUUUGAAUCCCUGUGACAGGGUGAGCUCCCAUUGCUUGGUCCCUGCUCCUGCCAACCUAGCAGUUCGAAAGCACAUCAAAGUGCAAGUAGAUAAAUAGGUACCACUCUGGUGGGAAGGUAAAUGGCAUUUCUGUGUGCUGCUUUGGUUCGCCCGAAGCAGCUUAGUCAUGCUGGCCACAUGACCCAGAAGCUGUACGCCGGCUCCCUCGGCCAAUAAAACAAGAUGAGCACCGCAACCCCAGAGUCGGCCACGACUGGACCUAAUCUUUACCUUAUCUGCAUAGUAAAAAGGAAAGGAGACACAAAGGAAAGAUUAUGCAGUGACUGCUGCUGACGGGGUGCUGUCAUCCACCCCACCCUUCAUGUCAGGCCCUGGACCUGUGCCCCCUAAUGGUACCAUUGGGUGGCAUAAAAGUGGCCCACUCAGUCUCCUGUAAGGGGUCGUUUGUGUUUCUGUGACUCACUGCCUCCAUAUUAUUUUGCCCCUGUUGCAUAAAAUGGUGGUCAUUUGCACGGAGAUACUCAUGCUGAUUCUUCAAUACAAAAUCCGACGGUAGCAUUUCCUGAGGCAUUUUCCACACCUUCUUCAGUUGCCUUCCCAUUUCCAAUUUACUUUCCAGAGAACUUGCCAGCGCAAAGUCACAGGUGGACAUCUGACUAGCGUCUCAAGUGCAGAACACAAUGACUUCCUUGUAAGUCUGGCGACUUACCACGGACAACAGACGGCCCAGUUCUGGACAGGAGGAAGCCACAAAAAGGCAAGUCCAAUUAGCACAACACUAAAAAUGGUAACUCCACACCACUCUGGAGAGAAGAAAAAAUACAAUAGUACCUCUGGUUAAGAACUUAAUUCGUUCCGGAGGUCCGUUCUUAACCUGAAACUGUUCUUAACCUGAGGUACCACUUUAGCUAAUGGCGCCUCCUGCUGCUGCCGCGCUGCCGCCACAUGAUUUCUGUUCUCAUCCUGAAGCAAAGUUCUUAACCCGAGGUAUUAUUUCUGGGUUAGCAGAGUCUGUAACCUGAAGUGUCUGUAACCUGAAGCGUCUGUAACCCGAGGUACCACUGUAUACGGCACAGUUGCAUUACCAAAGCAAAACAUGGCACUUAAAUGUUUUGCAGAUACAAUUUUUACCAUUCUAACUCCUCUACCCAGAACUCUUUCCAGUGCUAUAAGCCUGAGGGCUCGUUCACACUUCUGCUGCUCCCAUGCUUUCUAAACACAGGUUCAAGCGGUUUUGCCUUUGCACUCUUUAGUGAUAAAUUGGAACAAACAGCAACCCACAGAAAACCUAGUUGCUGUUUGCUCUGAUUCAGCGCUCAUCUCAACCACAGGUUUCCCAAGGGAAAGCAGUUGGGCAAACAAAAGUGUGGCUAAUUAAGAAAGAGCUGUCAAUCCUUUCCAUGUUCUGAUUGAUCUCUAGGUACUUCAUCACCCCUGUUCUAUAGGUGGUUCCCCCUCAAAAUGAGGGGCAGGACGAUGCGAAUUUGGGCACAGACACAGUGUGCACACCACACAUUGCCUUGCCAAGUCAUUUCCCCCUUCCCUAUACCACAGGCCAGGUGUGGGGCAGGUAAAUAGCUGGCUCAGCCUGAAAUAUACUCAGAGUCAAGUGUGAAUUUCAUGCUCUUUAUUCAGCUGGUAGGAGCAAUGAAUGAAACUUUCCCCAAAACGUCUAGCUAUAUAUACAUUAUUUACACAAUGGGCCCCGCGUGAUUGGCUAAUUCCGGGCUGCUCCUGCAGGCCAAUCAGGUUGCUGAUUCACUUCCACCUGGAGCUGGAUUGGGUGGCUCCUGCGGACCAAUCAGACUGCUGCAUUCUGGAUCCUAUUUUUCCAGGAUUCAGCUCAGUAAAUAACACAGCCCAAAUGGGGCAAAGUACAAUCCAAGGCUGCUGGAUCUUGUGGAGCCCUUUGCUGAGCACUCUGCAAGACACAGCAACCAGCUGAUCACUGCUGCUUUGCAGCCUGUGCCUCUGCCUUUACAAUCCAAUUUCAAAUCAUGUGGACAAAAAUUACCACAUGGUCUAACAGUGACCAGGAGCGAAACUGGGCUUUAUUUCACCCAGGUCAAAGAGGCAGUUUGGCACAUACACCCCCCACACACACACAUUUGCAUACACAUGCAAAGGGACUGGAAACCUCAAAGGCACUCCUCUGGAGGCUUCACCCAGGGCAAAGAAAUCUGGCUAGACAUCCCCCCCCCCCAUAGCUAUGGCACUGUAGUGACAUCAGGUGAUUGACAGGUAGGCAGCCUCACCCUCUUGUCCAGCCCUGCAGCAAGGAAAUUGUGUGCCCACUGGCGGAGGAAGAGGUGUGCGGGAGGAGUGCAUCGCUCCCAGCAGUGCAAUCCUGGUGGGGUGCCAUCACGGCUGUCCCCUCGCCUGUGCUGGGCACCAUGCCCCUACGGCCAGCGCCAGCCCUGCUCCCGCCUGCUCUCUGCCCCCUCCCGGUGCCCGAGCAUGAAGCUCCGCCACUGUAUGUGCCAACUCCUCUAUGGUCUCCACCCCCAUCGUUCUACUCGGACACUGAGGUCCAGCAACCGAGGGCCUUCUGGUGGUUCCCUCACUGCGAGAAGCCAAGUUACAGGGAACCAGGCAGAGGGCCUUCUCGGUAGUGGCGCCCACCCUGUGGAACACCCUCCCACCAGAUGUCAAAGAGAACAACAACUACCAGACAUUUAGAAGACAUCUGAAGGCAGCCCUGUUUAGGGAAGCUUUUAAUGCUUGAUGUAUUAUAGUAUUUUAAUAUUUUUUUGGAAGCCGCCCAGAGUGGCUGGGGAAGCCCAGCCAGAUUGGCGGGGUAUAAAUAAUAAAUUAUUAUUAUUAUUAUUAUUAUUAUUAUUAUUAUUAUGGUGCAGAAUGAAGCUCUGCUUGAGUGUGUGAACCAGGCUUUGAAAAAUGAUACCACACUUCAGUGCUCAUGUUUUCAGCUAAAGAAAUCGCACGUUCAGAAUUAAAAGUCAUAGUUGCCAUUAAUAUUUGACAGAGAAGCCUGUCUAACAUGGUUAAUAAUGGAGCAGAGCUUUAGGUGACAUCUAAGUAAAAGGUUUUGUUUAGAUUCUUGGAAUAAGCUGUGCUCACCGAACAAUGCAGAGUGGCAGAUUCCAUAAAAUCUCGAUGUGUUUGCAGAGAAUCCAUCUGAUAAAUUACGCACCGCACAUUAUUCAUGCCCUUUUAAAGUAUGGAAACCCCGCUUCAUGCAAGAGACUUUAGUGCACAUCCCUUUGAAAACGCCUCUUGCUCAUUCCGUUUCAGUCGUGCUUGAAUAUGGAAAUUCCUAAACAGUUUACCGGGUGGUGUGAUGGUCUUCAUUCAAUUCCUGUUUGGUUAUUCUGCAGGGAUCUUCGCUGGAAUGGACGGAUGGCUCUGGGGCAAAUUUCCUUCAGCGUCCACUGAGCUCAAUUCUUCAUGUUUUUGGGGAAGCAAUUAACAGUUUUCUGCACAGUCGCAUUUGCUUAAAGAUAAAUCUAGGAGGUACACUGUAAUCCACAAAUAUGAUAUAUGUAUUUGUUUAGUUCAUCCUAGAAAGCUAGGUUUCCUCCACUUUUCAAAAUUCUAAGUAUUAAAUACUCCUCUGGUCACUUUCCCAGCAAUUGAUGCUUUAAGCUAAAGUGAUAUUUAACACUUUACAUGUUGGUUGUGUUUUGUUUGCUUUGUGCCAUUGAAAUGCCAUUGGAUACAGCAAGCUGAUGUUAAUUUUAGGACAUCAUUGAGUGCAAUUUGCAUCAAAGUUCCACUGCAGAAUAGAGUGAACUCCCUAAAAAGGAAGUUUAGAGCUGAUUCACUCCCACCCUCCUCAAAUUAGGCAUUAUUUUUAUCAAACUAGUUCAAUGCCCAGCUGAACAACAUUGCAGCAGUUGGUUGUCCAGGGAUUUCAUUUUGGGAUAACAUCUACAUUCAUCUUCAGUUUCACUGUAGAAAAUUUGGUGGCUGCCAUGUCUUGAGAAAUUUGGCAAGCGUUAGCAAACCUGUUUUGACUUUCCUUGAAAUCACUCAGUAUUUUAUUUCAGGAUAAAUAUCCAUAUUCUCCUUAGGUGCAACCCACCUUAGGUGCAUUUUCAGUCACAACCCUAAUUGCAAAGUUUACGUUCAAAUGCAAAUUUUACAUUCUCCAGGCUCGUAUGUUGCUUGGAACUUUUAAAAGUAGUUUGGCAAACCUAUUGAGGACAUAACUGGUGCUCCAGAAAGGCUUGGAGCACACAACUUCAUUGGGGAGAAAUUCCAGAAGAGUGGUCAUAUUAUUCUGUUCUUUAUGCUGGAGCAAAAGGGCUUUUAUGAUGGCCAUAUCAUUCUGUGUGUGGUGGAAGUAAUUUGAGCAUACAUUUCUUGCCCUGAAAACAAAUGCAUUUUAGUGUGCCCAAACCACCUCUGUUGUUUAGUCGUUUAGUCGUGUCCGACUCUUCGUGACCCCAUGGACCAGAGCACGCCAGGCACUUCUGUCCUCCACUGCCUCCCGCAGUUUGAUCAAACUCAUGCUGGUAGCUUCAAGAACACCAUCCAACCAUCUCAUUCUCUGUCGUCCCCUUCUCCUUGUGCCCUCCAUCUUUCCCAACAUCAGGGUCUUUUCCAGGGAGUUUCUCUUCUCAUGAGGUGGCCAAAGUAUUGGAGCCUCAGCUUCAGGAUCUGUCCUUCCAGUGAGCACUCAGGGCUGAUUUCCUUAAGAAUGGAGAGGUUUGAUCUUCUUGCAGUCCAUGGGACUCUCAAGAGUCUCCUCCAGCACCAUAAUUCAAAAGCAUCAAUUCUUCGGCGAUCAGCCUUCUUUAUGGUCCAGCUCUCACUUCCAUACAUCACUACUGGAAAAACCAUGGCCUUUACCAUACGGACCUUUGUAUGGUCCGUAUGGUAUGAUAAACCACCUCUACCACACUAAAACUGUAACAUCUCCUGUCCCCCUGAAAUAGUAAGGGUACCAGAUGCAUAUAAAGUGAGUAAUGAGCUGCCCAAAGAAAAUCACUCACACAUUUUGUGGCAGAUGUACAAUCUUCUCUUAAGCGUAAAAUUCAGACGAAACAAUUGAUUCCUGUUUGCAGUGAAGGGAACAGAACUCAGCCCUCGCUGGCUGAUCAUUUUGCCUAUCAUGUGGCUAUUUUUCCUCUCUGCUCCCCAGAGGGUAUUUUCAAGUUUUAAUAAACUGAAUGGGUUUAAUAUAACCUUGUAAGUUUAUUCAAUUAAGCUUUUGUCUAGUGCUUGCUUUGGCAGCACGUAUACUAAAAUUGGAACGAUACAGAGAAGAUUAGCAUGGCCCCUGCGCAAGGAUGACACGCAAGUUCGCGAAGUGUUCCAUAUUUUUAGUGGGACGCGGGUGGUGCUGUGGGUUAAACCACAGAGCCUGGGGCUUGCCGAUCAGAAAGUCGGCGGUUCGAAUCCCCACGACGGGGUGAGCUCCCGUUGCUCGGUCCCUGUUCCUGCCAACCUAGCAGUUCAAAAGCACGUCAAAGUGCAAGUAGAUAAAUAGGCACCACUCCGGCGAGAAGGUAGACGGCGUUUCCGUGCGCUGCUCUGGUCCACCAGAAGCGGCUUAGUCAUGCUGGCCACAUGACCCGGAAGCUGUACGCCGGCUCCCUCGGCCAAUAAAGCGAGAUGAGCGCCGCAACCCCAGAGCUGGUCACGACUGGACCUAAUGGUCAGGGGUCCCUUUACCUUUACCCUUUACCUAUAUAGACAAGCUUAAUUGAAUAAACUUACAAGGUGCUUGGCAUUUUUGAUGAGAAGAUAAUAUUUUUCUAAUGAAUUCUUGGAUUUUAUUUUGUUUUUUAUUCACUACUUGCUUUUCUUCCAGGCCAGGGUAACUGGGAUGGCUCUGAUUGCAAAAAGAAGCUACCCUUCGUCUGCAGCUACAAACCCAACCUGACACCCCCAUAAUCGCAACAGAAAAAUAAUACAACCUCUUCUACUUAACCUGCUUUAACAAACACGGACAUGGACAAAAUCAAGUUUUUUGCUUAAGUGCUACUUGUUGAAUGUGGUCCAGAUAUUGACACAUGCCAUUAUUUAGAGUUCGUGCUACUUAAAUAAAGUCUGGCUCAAUUUGAGUGCUUAACAAGAUCUAUGUGCUACUUAACCUCCACGGGGAUUUGAGGAAUAUUGAUGAG